AUGAUCGCCGAUCGGAAGAUUAUACAGUGGCAUCGCGGGGAGAAUAAUUCGGUGGUGAUGGACGGGGCGAAUUUUGUGAUCGAGUGCAGAGGGACCACCGACUGGGCACGCCGGGCGGCCAUCGUCAAGCGGACCCGCGAGCUCGUCGAUGCACAUCCGCGCUAUGCCACGACCAUCUUCGACUAUGACUCCACCAUCUAUGACAUCAUCAUCUCCGUCAAGGCCGAACUUAUCCAAGCCGUCGUCGUCACCUUCCUAUGCAUGACCAUCAUCUCGGCCGUGUCGAUUCCCGAGUUUUUCGGGUCGAGCCUCGCCUCGAUUUCCAUGCUCAGCACGUCGGCGUGUAUGCUUGGGUUCCUCUCGCUUUGGGGCUGCGGCCUCGACCCGAUCGUGAUGAUCAACGUGCUGAUGGCGAUCGGGUUCUCCGUCGACUUCUCCGCCCACAUCUGCUAUCAUCACCAUGUGGCCCGAAAAACGGAGCUAUGGGAAGGUAAGAAGGAGCGGUUGAUUCAAAUCCUCCAAGCCGUCGGCCGCCCAAUGAUUGAGGCGAGCCUCUCUACGAUAAUUUGUAUGCUGCCGCUUUUCCUCGUCGAUAUCUACGUGAUUACCUCAUUCGCCAAGACUGUUUGUUUAGUCGCUUCGAUCGGUCUCCUCCACGGUCUCAUCCUCAUCCCAUUGAUACUCACGAUGGUGCCCGCAAAGUAUUGC